AUGCCGAUGUCCAAUUCUGAACAACAAACCGGGUUCUGGCCGUCCAUCCCGCAGUCGACGCGUGAUGUAUUGGAGAUGGAAGUGGCUGAUUUUCCCAGCCGCCAUGUUGAGACGCUGGCUGCCGCCACCGUCAUCAUCCGAUUUGUCAACGGCCUGGUCGACCAGCGCCAGCAAGCCGUCAUGGCUCACUCCGUCAACCGCCUGGCCCGUGAGCUGGGCAUUCCAGAAUGGUUGGUGGACUUGCGGCAUGAUGCGACCCAUGGUGAACUCCCAUCACAUAGCCUCGUCUUGGCAGCUGUCGACACCAUCAAGACCUGGCUGCAUGACCGAUACUGGGCGCCACAGGCCGAGAUGGUCGUGCACUUUGAAGCUCGGGUCGGUGAACUGGCCACUCUUAUUUGGGCGUCAGCCACCAGUACCAACCCUGAUCCCACCCUGCCUGCCCUACCCCUUCAAGUCAGUCUCGCGCCGCUCUCCAACGUGAUGACUUGUGCACAAGGCAUUCUGCGCCGUGGUUUUGGCGUCUGUUUUGAAUCGCGUUCCUCUAAUCUUUUCGACUUUGUCUGGACCCUCAGCUUCGGGAGCUGA